UUCCUAUCGUUUGGUUUCGGUGUGCUGCUGCAGUGCGCAUUUACUCAGGACGGUCGAACGCAGCACAUAACAUUCUCUGCGGCCGAGAAGAAAAACAGCUGAUAAACAAAAUAAAUAACUACGCUAUCACGUUGGCCGUCUGAUGGGGGAUUAUAAUUUUGGUGUAAAUUCGAGCGUAGCAGCUUUAUCUCCUGUCGAUUUCCAAACUAAUUCCUGCAAUACUUCUUUAUUUUUCCCAAGCGAUCCAGUCUCGCAUACGAUGCAAGAUGAUCUCCUGCUUGAUAAAUCCACCGGUAAACAACUACAACAGCUGUCCCCUUCCAAUGAUAAUACCACAAAUGGAGAUCAAAAUGGGUCCGAUGAUUAUUCUUUAAGAAAUAAAAAAAAUGACGACUCCGAAACCGACGAAGUUCAGAUCGACAAAAAAAGUUUGGACUCAUCUUCUCCGGGAACUACAUCUUCUCCUUUGCAACUCGGUUUCUCAGAAUCAUCCAAUUCAAUUAAUAUCACAUCCACAGCACCAAGUUUUUGGUCUACAGUUGGUACCGAUGAUUCUUUCGUUCAAGGGAUUCCAACUAUGAAUGGUACACUGCCAUUCCAAAACUUUGCAUCCUCCACAAAUCCAAUAUUAAGCACCAAUAUGGGACCUCAGUUAAAUAUUUCUCAACAACACACACCUCAGAGGCGUGCAAUAACCGGUGCUCACAAUUUUCCUCAAAACAGGCAUCAGCCUCAACCUAAUUUAUUUAAAGCUUACACAAAUUGGAGCAGCCCCCAUCAAACUGCUUGGUCAACUCCACAAACACCCAACACCCUAUCCGCUUGGAAUGCGGUAAACAUCUCAAAUCAUAAAAGGUCCGUGCCAAAUAUGAGCCCCAUCUCUCCCAUGAAGAAGACCCAAACAAAUGUUGGCCAACAUUCUAUGGUUAUAUCACCGUCCAAAUUUCGCCGCAGUACAUCGAUGCCCGUUGGAAAACCAUUUCCUCAUGGACUUGGAACAAAUUCGAAUUAUGAUAUUUCUGGUGAUGAAAACAGAGAUGGAAAUGUCAUCUUACCUUUUCAGGACCGUCAAAUUUCAAGUAACUUAAGCAGUCCCCUUGACAACCUACGGCACCCAUUAGAGCAACAACUAAUGGACAUCAUGAGAACAACAAUGGACGGUCAAGAUCAUUACAAAGGUUUCAUCAAUUAUAAUUCAAACAACAUGCAGUCGUUAUCUCACGUACCUGCUCGUAGUUAUGGACGACGGAGAGGUAAAUCACCUUUUUUCACGGGCUUAGAAGAUAAUCACCUUUUGGAAGAUGGUCACCUAGAGCAAAUUGUACCUUCGCUUAAUUCAUCACUUCUGUGUGCACCUAAAUCUCCUAAUAACGAUUCCGGGGAAAGGUUUUCUCGAAAAGUAUUUGUAGGUGGAUUACCUCCAGAUAUUGACGAAGAUGAAAUCAAUGCUAGCUUUAGAAGAUUUGGGCCUUUGGUUGUUGAUUGGCCACACAAAGCUGAAUCUAAAUCCUAUUUCCCCCCAAAAGGAUAUGCUUUUCUGCUGUUUCAAGAUGAAGCUUCAGUACAAGCUUUGAUUGACGCUUGCAUCCAAGAAGAUGACAAGCUGUAUUUAUGUGUGUCAAGUCCUACUAUUAAAGACAAACCUGUUCAAAUACGACCAUGGCGUCUAAGUGAUGCUGACUUUGUCCUGGAUGCUUCCAUGCCUCUUGACCCCCGAAAAACUGUAUUUGUUGGCGGUGUACCACGACCAUUAAAAGCAGUUGAACUGGCAAUGAUAAUGGAUCGUCUUUACGGAGGUGUGUGUUAUGCAGGCAUUGAUACUGACCCUGAAUUGAAGUACCCCAAGGGAGCUGGACGUGUAGCUUUUUCAAAUCAACAAAGUUACAUUGCUGCAAUUAGUGCAAGAUUCGUUCAGCUGCAACAUGGAGAUAUUGAAAAAAGGGUGGAGGUGAAACCUUAUGUUCUUGAUGACCAAAUGUGUGAUGAAUGCCAAGGAUCCCGGUGUGGGGGCAAAUUUGCCCCUUUCUUCUGCGCCAAUGUCACUUGCUUGCAAUAUUACUGUGAACAUUGUUGGGCAGCCAUUCAUUCACGACCCGGUCGCGAGUUUCACAAACCCCUGGUCAAGGAAGGUGCUGACCGUCCCAGGGCCGUUCCCUUCCGGUGGUGUUAACUCAACCCUUGCAUUGCUUCUUUAACAGCUGAAUGAUUUUUGUAUGUUUUUUAGCUAGUUUCAGGAGUAAUCUUGACAGCUUUGUAGACUGUUCCCAAAUGGAAGUCCCUCAUCCAUAUGUUUGCUGUUAACUACUAUUUAUUUAUUUCUAUAAAAUGCUGCAGCAAUGCUGUGUGUUUCAAGCAUAUUUGGCCAGUGUUUAAGAAUAAGUCAUUUUUAAGAGGUUGUCACCCAAUCCCUCCUUUCCUACUAGUUGGCUUAGAAAAUUCGGAUUUGAAUAUCAUUUUUCUUUUCUAGCUAGACUCAAUAUAGCACUAGUUUCAAAAAUCCAGAUUUCUCAUCCAAUCUGAGCAAUAAUUAAAGCCUUACCUUUUAGAUGGUUUUCUAAGCCAUUUGGUUUCUAGUGGCACCAUUGUGCUCCUUGUAGGUUUUAUUGGACACUACGUAGGAAAUGAUAAUUUUUUUUUAAAAAUGAAUUGUGAGAUUUUUUUUUAACACUAAACAAAAUGUCAAACCUUUCGUUUGUUCAGAAAAAAAAAUUAAAAACCAGAAUUAGCUAAAUAUGUUCUAAUUGGGAUACGGGUGUUGGCAGCAAAACUUAGUCUUUCAAAUCUUUUAUAUGAAAAAAAUAUAGUCAUUAUUUAUAAAUAUAUUUAUUUUCUCACUGUAUAUGCAUUUGGCAAUGUAAAAAAAAUUGCAAUAUGCUUUACCAAAGAUUAUAUAUAUAAAAUAUACAUAUUUAUGUACAUUGCUAUGCUGAACUGUAAUGUGUGCAUUCCACUGCAUACAAUGCAUUUUUAGAUGUUUGUGUCAGUACUGAUAUACAUAACAGUACUAGAAAAAAAGAACCAUAUUCACUUUAAUGUCCUUUGGACAUAAAUCGUCAUGAGACUUUAAGAAACGUUUAUAUUUCAGUGCAGUAUUUAUUACACGGAUUUUUGUAAGUUAUUGUUGUUGUUAUUAGAAGUCUUAGUGUGAAUUUUAUUAAAUAUAUGGUGUUGUAACUACAUGUAAACACUUUUAUAGUAUUUUUGAUUUUGUUAUAUUUAUAGAAAGCUUUCACUUUUUAUAUAUGUGUGUGUAUUAUAUGCAGUUUUUCUAGUCUUUUGUAUGUAGUAAAAUGCACCAACAGUACAUAGCAAUGUGAAGAAAAAAAAAUUGGAAAGUUUUCUCUUUAUUUUGUUAAACUCAAUUGUGUGAUAUAAAUUAGAAGAAAAAAAAGUUUUUACUUGUUAUAUCUAUUGAAGAUAUAGGCAGAGCUGUGGAAUUGAUGAGUUCAAAAUAUUUUUUUGAUUCUGACUCUGGUUAGUUGAAAGUUUGAUCCAAUAAAUUAAAAGAAGUCUUUGAUUUUAUUUAGGAAAGUAUUCAUAAUAUUGUGAACUUGGCAUUACUCAAAUAAACAUAGUGACAAUUAUUUAAAUUAUAGCUUGUCAUAAAAUAAAUGUAUUCUUUAAAUUUUUUAUUGUUCACUAAAGAAAUUAAUAUUAGUUCAUGAAUAUUUGAAAAAAAGAAUCUCUUUGUAUUAAGGUAUUUUAAAUAUGUCCAACUGUGCAUGUAAGAUGUCCAUAUCUAGCACUUUUUCUAUCAUGGGCUUUGUGCAAUCCGAACUCAUUAUACAAAUAGAUUUGGUAAAAUUUAUUUCUUCAAAUCUUAUGUUAUAAUUAAGGCCCGAAUUUGAAUGGCAUUUGAUUCUUUAUUUUAAAUUUUUAAACUCUUUUGUUCAAUUAGGUCUUUUUUUAAAAAUUUUAAGAUUUUUUUUAUACGAAGUAUUAUUUUUUUUAGAUUUAUAGGUACAUUUAUUCUUAUUGAAGAAGUAAUCAGCCUUGCAACUCAAUCAACUUACAAUUAUGUAUCACUCAAUCUUACAACUUCCCCACACAUUUUAACUAAGUCAUACUAUUUAAUGCAUUCUUCUUCUCUUUUACCUGCUCUACAGCCCUUGGCUGGCUUUGCAUUUAAGGCUUUACAGCUUGCAAAUGUUAACUUUGAAAAACCAAAUAAUUCUAAAUUUUAUUAGCUUUUUGUCACACACACUGGUCAUCUUAUAUAUUUGAUAAAUCUUCAUUGCCCAAAAACUGCAAUGAUGAUUGUUAUAUUAGAAUAUAUUAUUAUUAUAUUAUAUUAGGAUUCUGAACAAAAUUUAUUAAUUACAAGAAUUUUCUCUUAUUUUAAGAGCAUUUUUUAGGUCAUCGAAAUCUGAGCUGUAGUUAUAAUGGAAAUUUUAAUCUUAAAUUAAAUACCUUAUUCUAAUUGAACAUAAAAAUAAAAAUAUUUUACUUGAAAUUAUUAUUUACUAAAUAAUAAUUUUACUACUUUCCUAAGAUUUAGUUGAAGUUUUAAAUCUAGUUUAAGUCGGACUUUCACAAAAGCCUGGAAUCAGAUUCUAAGAUUUCAACAACCGACUCCAUAGCUCUGGACAUAAGUGCAUACCUUUGAAGUCAGGACAUUGGCUUGAUAUGAAAAUUCCAAAGACCCUUUUAUUUAUUUUUUCAUUAAUUGAAAUCAGUGUACUUCGAUAUUUUCCUAGCAAUAUGCCAAAACCUUUCAGUCGCUGUUAGCUGUUUUACAUGACUAACUUGUGUACCUUGUUGUGCAAUUCAGUGUUCUUCUGUGAUUUGUGAUGUGUAGCUUUAUAGUUCAUGAAUAUUUAAAACAUGUCUUAAUAUAUUAACAGAUCCUCUUAUUUAAUAUAUAGAUAUAUUAUAGAAACACUUUAUUUUUUUCAUAUUGUAUAUGUUCUGCUUGGAUAUAUAAAAAAACAAAACGCGAAUUUUUUUUCUUUUAUAUAGCACAAGUUUAAAAUUCAUAGUGUAUUUUUCAUAUGAUCUUUGCUGUACAUAUUAUGAACUAAAGAAAAAAAAAUUGUGUCCAUGUUAUUCCUCAUCGGUUUUUAUAAAGGGUUAGGGACAAUCAGAUCGGAGGCGACGUUUUGCGUGAGUGAAUUUCUAGUCAAAAAAAAUAAAAUAAAAAAAGACGCUUGUCACAUAUAAUAUUUUUUAAUUCUAUUGAUGUUAAGAUGUUUAAGGAAAACCAAACUGUGGAGAAUUAAAAAAAAAAGUCAAAAUUUUAAAAUUAAUGUGGAUUUUCUAGUCUUCUUUAAGAUACUAGAAUUUAUUAUUUUUAAGAAAAGAAUUGUACAUAAUUAUAUGCUUGAAAUAUAUAUAUAAUAUAUUCUCUCAAAUUAUAGUUAAAUUAUUUAUAAAACUAAAAAAUAAAAAUUUAAUUUCUUAAUAAAUUGCUCUUUAACAAAUAUUUUGUCUUAAUAGUUAAACCAGUAAUUUUUAUUAAUAUUCUUAUCAAUAUAUUACUACUAUAGGUUUUUCUCCAUAAAAAUAUCUUUUCUAAUCAUAGAGUAGAGCAACAAAAUAUGCUUUUUGAAAUAGAUAUUCUCUUAUAUAUUUUAUUUCGAAGUACUUUUUUAGAUAUUUAGAUUUAUAUACUAUUAACAAAAACUUUUUAGUACUUGUCUUUAAAAAGUCUUUUGGAAUUUAUAUCAAUCUAGUUCUAGCUAGCAUUCUUUAACAGUUUAGAUAAUAUUUUAUAGAUAGUGGAACUCUUAAAUGAAAGCAAAACACCCUUUUUGCUUUCAGCGUGUGAGUGUGCUUUAAGAAAUUUAGUGUAAAAAUAAUUUUAAAUUUAUAGAUGGCUAGCAAAAAAAAAUAAAUACAAUUAGUUUUAAACAAAAUAGAUCUGCUUUUACUCUUCCAAAGUAACCACUGUAUGAUAUAUUUGAGAUAUAAGUACAUAUUUUAACUAUCGGUAAAACAUAUACUACCAAUUGCUCAGAAAAUUUUUUCAUAGGUGAAAUUCCAAUUUUCUAGACUUCGCAUAGAAAAUUUAUUCUUCUAAAUUUUAAGCUACUAAAAUAUGAGGUUAUAAUAAUUACAAGUUUUAAAUCCAUCUAUUUGAAAGGAACUUUUAUUGUAUUGCACUCAGAAUUAUUUUUGAUCAUCUUUUUUGCAGCAAUGGUACAGUGCGAGAGGGGAAAUGAAAUUAAUCAUAUCACACGUUUGAAAAUACGUGAACACUCUCAAAAAUUCGUGUUAAUAAUUAUUUGGACUUUCUCUGACGUCACGGGUCCUCUGUCAAUCACAUGUUUUACUAAAACAAUUGACUUUUUUAAGUGGUAUAAAGAUAUGUAUAUUUUCAGAUACGGUGUAUACAUAUGUGUGUGUUUAUUUAUUGAAAUAUUAUAUAGGAAACAUCUAUACUUAUGUGUUGUUGAAAUUAUUUUUGAUGUAAAAAUGUGAAGAAAAAAAAAUCUAUUUAUUAUGGCUCAUUGAAGUGAUAUUAACCUAUUUAUAUAGUUGAUUGUACGUAGAUGUCUCUCUUAUUAAUGCAGAGUUAUUUUUUAUUCUAUUUUUGCCUUUAUGAUGUACAAAGUAUAUUUAUAUGCUGGGGAAAUGUCAAUGUGCAAUAACAAAAAGACCCACUGACUCAGAGAACUUAUUUUUUUGUCAAAACGGUCUUUGUUUUAGAUCAUAUAUAGAAAGAUUCAGAUCAACAAAUUAACAGGUUUUAUUUCUCCCACACAUGUCAUUGACAGAUGACCCUCAUGCUGUACUGACUGCUCUCAAUCAGUCAUACUGUACUGACUGUUCUCAAUCAGUUAUACUGUACUGAUAGCUUUAAACGCUGCAAUGUUAGAUGAGUUUAUUUAAAUUUCUUUAUGCCGAAAUAAAGAAGCUUUAUUUUCCCCUUAUUUUUUCCUUAUGCGAGAAUGUAUAAAUGCUUACAGGUUCUAUGUAGAGUGUUCAAUGUGUAAAGGACCUGUACUUUAAUGCUAGUAUGUUUAUAUGAUUUAGUGGAUGUUUUGAUGUGUGUGCAUUUGUUAUUUUUUUAGCCAUGACUAAAUUUUUUUAACGGAUUUUUUUAUUACUCUUAUGUUUUUAAUCCAGUGGAAAGUUCAAGGAAUUUAAAAAAAAAAAAAUGAGUGAGAGCUUUUUAAGAAAAAAAAACGUUUUAUUAUAUUAGACUGUAAUACACCAGUAUAAUUAAUAUAUCUUUUAAUAUACCUUUGUAAAUUAAUGUUACAUUUUCUCAAGUUUUAUAAUGUUUCACAUUUUGUAUUUUUCUGACUGUGUAGUGUUUUUUCUCUAAGCAUAUGUGUGUGUGUAUAGAAUGAAGAAAAAAAAAGCCAGUUUGAAGCACCUUCUCUAUAUUUAACAGAAUUUCUUAUUUUUGUGAAUGGUGCUAUGCCUGUUUUUUCCUAUAGCCUAUGCCUUCCUGUUUUCACCGAAGCACCUCAAUUGGCAGAUUGAUAUUUUAUGAACAUUGCUUUUGUGCUUGACUUCCCUUUGAAAGUUCCAAAAAGAGUGUUCGGUAAAAACUAAAAGCCAAGGCUAUGUGGCUUACUAGGAGUGAUGCUAUGCGGACCUCUUAGGUGGUAAAAUGAGAAAGCUGGUCGGAAGAAGGUGUGUAUACAACCCGGUUACGGUUGUAAAUAAUAAUUAAAAACAAUGUUUUUUGAGAGAGAUAGGGGAGAAAGACAUGAAAUGUCCUUACAUCUCACUGUGUUCCUUUGUAAUUUUUGUAUUCAUACUCAUUUUGGAAGAUUUACCAAGAGGAAGUCAUGAAAGAUAUUAAAAGAUAAAAAAAAAAAAUGAUUAGCUGGUUCCUCUUGACAUAUUUUGUUUGAUGUUUGUAAAAAGUUGGAGUUAGUUUUUAAUUUUAAUAACUUAUUUAUAACUGCCAUAUCUAUAGUUUUUUAAUACUAAAAGGAUUUUUACCAGUAUUAUUUUUUGUAGGAAAAAAAACGAAUUUCCGGGGAAACGUUUUCGAAAUGUUUUUUCCCAGAUCUUCAAGAAAAAAAAUGCUGUUUUUAAGUGUUUAAAAAAUUAUUUAUCUGCAUCCCUUUGAUGCUGUUCUUUUUUCAGAAAUGUUUUAUGUUGUUUAAUGGCUUAGGACUAUAGUUUUCUGUAGAAUAUUCGGUGUUGACAAAAGUGGUUCAAACUAAAAAACUGUGACGGUCGUAACUAAGGCAAUAAAAAAUAUUUUUUAUUCCCGUCUGUGGAAAACCCACCGAGAUGGUUGCUUUGAUAUUAGCUGUGAUAAUUUUCUAAUUUUUAUUUGUGAUGCAAAUAUCGAUAAUUUUUUUUUCCUACAUCACCUAGUCCUUCAUGUAAUAAGUUACAUAAUCUCGUUAAGAAAAAUUAAGUUAUUAAUGAGUUAUCUCACAAUGUUUAUUUAUAUAUAUUUUCUCUAAUAUACUAGCAAAUGGGAAUUAUCUAACCAACAUCUACUAAAAAAUUACUGAAUUGAGUUUCUUGUGUAUAGCACAGUAAUACCUUAUAAAAAUGCAUCAGGAAUGGAUAAGUAUGAAGUAAAAAUGAAAACACAUAAAAAAAGAAGUAGAAAUUAAGAAUAACUAAAAAGUUUCACUAGACUAAACAUUUUUACUGGUCUAAGUGAUUUGAAAGAUACUUAAACUAAAUAAACUUAUUAAAUAAUGUAAUAGAAGCUUUAUGUAACUUGAAAUUUACUUAAUACGGUUUAGUAAUUGGGUUAAAUGCUACACAUUUACCAUAAUUAGUUCAUUAUGUUAAAUAUUUAGAGUAAAAAGAAAGUUUAUGUGAAAUUAGAUGAUUAUAGAAAAUGCGUAAUUUUCAUAGUUAUGAUUAAGCAUAUAAUUGCAAGGCACAAAAAAGGGUGCCAUAUCUUUACACCCGAUUAUCAGUGAUUGUUUCCUAGUCCUGGUCCAUUAAUCCAUUGUCGAUUUUGAGUCCUGUAUAUAAAUAGCACUUAAUGGGUUGUUGCUAUUAUAUGUAAGCCACAUAAUUAAGCUAUCUAAUUUUUUAGGUGUUUUCGCAUCUCAAAGCUAAUUGGAUAAUUCUCAUUCUUCUUGUAUAUUUAUAUCAAUAUGUUUUUUUCAAUAUUGCAGCGUUUAAAAAGUUAACAAAAUAACACGUAAAGGAUGGUGCCAAACAAAGUAAAAUAAGUAGAAAUAUUUAGGAAAGAAACCUGAAAUAAACAUCGAACCAGUAUCUGUGACGAGACUUACUUACCAGAAUUGCUUUAAGACUUAAAAUAUAAUUAAAUCUAAAAUUAAUUUCAAAAUAAAAAAAAAGUCAACAAAAUAGUUUCUUAUAACUAAGCAUUUACUUUAUUAUGUUUACAAGUUAAAUCUAUUCCCUUUAUUGUUUUAAUAGUUCUGUUAAAUAAAUUAUUCAAUUUAUUAUUUAAUUUCAACUUAAAAAAUUUAAAAAGUCUGCAAAACUGUUUCCUUUUUUCUAUAACUUUUAUUUCAUUAUAUUAAUGAAUUAGAAAUUUUUAUAAUAUUGUUAGAAAUAUUUCGGUUAGAUUAAGUAUGAUUCAUUCGAUUAUCAUAAAUUAAUUUCAAGGUGAGAAAAAAAAAACGAAGAAAUUUGGUGUUAAAAUAGUUACAAUACUAUAAUAUUAACUUUAUUUAUGAAUUAUACAAGUAGAUAUUCACCCUAUAAGUAGAUUAUGAUUCAGUUAUGUUUAGUAUUAUUAUAGAAUUACUUUUCAGUCUUAGCAAAUUACAGUUAAAUAGUUUUUUUUAAGGGAUUUUAAAAUCAUUAGUUUUAUUUUCAUUUUAUAAACGUUAAAUUUAUUUUUUUAAUUUUAAAUAUUUAUCCUAUUGUUUAAAGCACCUUUAUUAAAAAUAGUGUCUUCAUUUGAUACCUUAUAUAUAUAUAUAUAUAAUACUCAAGAUAUAGAACUAUAUUUACGAGUUAUUUCAUCCUCUAGUUAAUAGAAAUAGUAAUUUCACUGUUACUCAUUACAUAUCCUCAUCAACUUUAUUUUAUUAAUUUUUUUGUUAUAAACGAUUUUUAUUUUGAUUUGUUGAGUUUAAACUGUUAUAAAUACAUUAAACGAUUUUAAGAUAUUUAUUUUUUAAUGUUGUCUAUUAUAUUUCUAGUCUCCUUACUUAAUAUUUAAGUGGUAACUUUUUGAGCUGGUGUAUUGAUACAUGUAUCACGUAUACUGUUUUUUAUUUAUUUAUAUGAAUGAAUUAUUUAUUAGAUGACUUACAACGACCACAGUCACUCUUUAAAAAUGGUAAACUUAAGUAAGAUAGCUGCAUUAGUUUUUGUAUGAAAAAGAGGAUAAUAUUUGAGUGUACUAUAUAGGAUAGAUUUCGGCUUGGGUCUAUUCAUAGAAGAAAUUACAUAUUAAUGAGUACAAAACAUGUUUUAUAUGCAUUGCUUCUUGUUCAAUUCAUAUUUAUGCUCACAGAAGAUAAUCAUAAAAUUUUGAAACGUCCAAAAAUGGAAGGAAAAAAAAAAAUUGCGUUAGUAAUAGUGUAAUUUCUUAAAUAAAAUUGAAAAUUGUGUUGAUUAAGAAAACAUUUUUAAAGUUUUCUUUUGUAAAAGCACAUUGUCAAUCAUUUAUUUAAAUUACUGUUGUGAUAGUUAAAAUAGUUAUUAGUUUUCAUAUGUAAAUAUCAGUGUACAAGUUCAAAAAAAAAAUUAAUUUAUUUUGAGUGAUUUAUAUAUUUUUUGUAAAAGUAUUAACGAAACACAACACAAACCGACACUUUUUAAGAUUGGAAAAAGAAUAGCAUUAAUUUUGUAUGACUAUUUUUUUAUUUUUUUCAGAGAAUUUUUAAUUAUUUUUUAGACAAGUUUAAUGUAUACAAAAGUGUCUUUAUUGAUAAAAUUGAAGAAAAUAUUGCCUUUGUUACGACUAGAUCCCUUAACCAAUCACAAUUGUCUUUAGACUGUGGGAAAGUUAGUUUUUGAGUAAAUUUAUGUUGUUGUGCAAUUGUAAAACCACAUUUGUUGCUGUUUUUUUAUUUUUUAUCAAGACCUGAAUAAAUAAUAUUUUUUUGUUCCUUUUUAAAAUGUAUAGUACAGUUUUUGUAUUAUUUAUUUCAAAUUUUGGUACAUAAUGUGUUUUGCCUAUUUGAAGGCUUAUUAGUUUGAAGAUUUUUCAUAUUUAUAUUAUUAAUAUUUAAAUAUCACUCGACUAUAUGUCUUUUCAUCAUCUUUGUGUAUCAGGUUAUUUCUGGUAGUUCUAAUAAAAGCACAGCAAAAUCUCCAA